GAAGCGGAUCAAACACAUCGCUCGCGAGCCUCGGUGGCUCCAUUUUCCAGCUAGCUCUCGAGCUACUUUGUCUCACCUUUUGUAGUUUUUUUGUUUUCAUAUUUGUCUUUUUCUAUUUUUGUUUAACUCAAACGAAGACUCUUUCAAGAUGGGGGGCGGUGAUCUGAACUUGAAAAAGAGCUGGCAUCCCCAGACUAUGAAAAACAUCGAGCGUGUCUGGAAAGCUGAACAGAAACAUGAAGCUGAACGCAAGAAGAUUGAGGAGCUCCAGAAAGAACUCAAGGAGGAACGGACACGAGAAGAAAUGACAAGAUAUGCAGAGGAGAGCGGCGCCAUCAAAAAGAAAGACGAUCGUCUGGACUGGAUGUACCAGGGCCCUGCUGGCCAGGUGUCCAGAGAUGAAUAUCUUCUGGGACGUGCCAUUGACAAGCAGAUCACAGACCAGUAUGAGGAGCCUGAGAGUGGUCCAUCAGCUGAGACCGGCCUCCUGCCCGGGUCCAUCUUCAACCCAACCACCCCUGCCUCUAACCUCGACCUGGCUGCCAAGAUCAGAGAAGACCCCCUGUUUGAAAUCAGGAAACGUGAAGAAGAGAAGAAGAGAGAGGUCCUGACUAACCCAGUGAAGAUGAGGAAAAUUAAAGAAAUGCUACGCCAGAAUCUCGACAAGAAAGACAAGAAAAAGAAGAGGAAGAAGGAGAAGAAGGAGAAGAAAGACAAAGAGAGGAGAAAGGAGAAGAAGCAUAAGAGACGGAGUUCAAGUUCAAGCUCAGAUGAGGAAGACGAGAAAAAACACAGAUCAAAUUCACGAGAUGAAUCUUCAGCAGACACCAAGUCCCGCUCCCACCAUCUUCCAGGCUACGGCCUGCAGCUCCCCGCUGGCAGACAUCAUCAGUCAUCAUCCACCUCCAAUCACUCAGGACGUCGCGAGAGGAGCCGCUCACGUUCGCCUUACAGGAACAACAGGGAAAGUCACUCCUAUACGUCUUCCUCCUCACACAGAGGCGAUAGGAAGUUCGAGCCUAGAGCUGCCAGCCCGCAAAAAGAGCACUACCACCGACAGAGGCACCAUGUGUCCAAGAAGCUCUCUGCAGAAGAGCUGGAGCGUAAGAGGCGGGAGAUGAUGGACCAGGCGAAGCAGAGAGAGGAGGACAGGGAGAAUAACGUGAAGAGAUACAAGAGGCAAGACGAGCAGGAGAAGCAACGGGAACAAAAUGUCAAGCACGACCGUCACGCUGGCUUCAUUCAUAACAUGAAGCUGGAGAGUGCUGCCAGCUCCUCCUUGGAGGACCGAGUGAAGAGGAAUAUCCACUCCAUUCAGAGGACGCCAGCCUCCCUGGACAACUUCAUGAAGAGAUGAAGACACACCACAUUUAUCACACAGAAACUGAAAUGAACUGAUUGAAAAUACACUGAGUAUGGAUGGUUCAAACGGGGAUCAACGCUUGCCGAUUUUUUUGAAAAGCAAUUUCCACAACAGCAACAUAAAUUAUAUUUCAGACAAAUGCAAAAAGCCAGCAUGGCUGCCCUGAUAGCCAAUACCUCUUUAAAGUUCACAUGAUCUGAACUGUGUACAGUAUCUAGUUUUUUGUUUUUACAGUGUAAUAGGACCUGAUUUUAUCUCAGAGGUUUUUGUAAUAUAUGUUUGUUACUUGGUGUACACCUGUGAGUAGUAACUGGAAUAAAAACAUACUUCCAGAACUCC